AUGCCUCGCACUUCUCAGCCCGUAUUCCGCCAAGCCAUAUGCACGAGGUCCAUCUUCGGUGCGGCUGCUAUUCUCCGUUUUAUGCCUCGUACGAUCAUGAUGACACCCUGGCAUGACGGCAGUUCUUUUGGCCAUUCCGUCUCCGUUAUGUCCAAUCCCAACAUCAUCGCGCCGGACAGUCUCUUUCUCCUGGAUGAGAGUCGUCCAGACACCUGUGUACCCAUCCACGACUCUGUCUUCCAGGUGGUCCAAAAGGCAGGCAGCAAUGGAGGCCGCGCGACGAGUCGGCAGUACGUCCUAGUCCACUUUGCGCCACCAUCAUCGAGCGCCCGUGGCUGCGAGCUUCACUGGAGCAUCCCCGAAAGCACGUUGUUUCAGCUCUACGAGGGCAGUCACCAGCUCGACGUCAAGCUCACGACGGGAUACGUGCAGCCUUUUCAGCCUACGUGGAACAGCCUCAUCGCCGGCAACCCCCCCACGCUCGGUCCUGGUGUAUUUGGUACAGUCAAUGCCGUGCCGGGCGCCAACGCCGUUGUCAACACGACACAGUACUCCGAGGGGCUUGGCUUUGUGUUUAAAUUUGCGGACUGGGUCGAGCAAGCUGGCGGAGCCGCGGGCUUGAAUUUCACCUGUCGCGCGAUAGGUAACCCCCCGGUACCUACUGGCCCGCAUGUGCGCUACCUUUGA